AUGAAUGGAGGAUCUAAUUUUCAGAAUCUGAGUUCUUCGACGGCGAUUCCCAAAGCCCCGCAACCAAAGGAUGUUCAUGAAGUGGUGGCUGCGUGUCAAAUACUGGAGCUUUUUGCUAGCGACUACUUCUCUGCCGACCUGAAGGCUUCUAUCACGGCGCUAGUUGCGCUAGUUACAGGUCUCGCGCGGUCGCAUGUGUGGGAGGCCGACGACCUACCGCUUCUCGUCUAUUGGAUCAACGUCACGCUGGAGGAGUAUCGAACGCAAAUAAGCCAAGCAACGUUGGUACCUGGUGAAUUCAAGAAAACGUUUUCGCUGGAGAACAGCAGCCUUCAACACAUCCUACAAACGGUGUCUUCCCGACAGCUUCAGCGGCUUCGCAAUGAAAUCACGCAGUCGAGUCGAGCUCCAAGGCGCGGUCAAGAACAGCUCAACAAUGAUUAUGCAGCCAAACAGGUCGCCCCACUGACGAAAGGUUUGGAGAAGCUAAUUCCGCACCAAGAAGGCACACAACUAUGCCUUCGAUACCUGUCGGUGAAAGGCUGCCGCUCAACGCCAACCGUCCCAUGUUUUUCGGGAAGAGCCCACUUCGAUCCUGAGUCGGUGCACCCUCGACUUAAGGCUCUGAUCAAGAAACGUUUUGGCGGGCUCAAGGCCAAGUACUCGUCGCUCUGA